AUGGAGAGCGUGGGCGCCUCGUUCACCCUCCCCAUGGAAAGCGAAGAGAUCAUGAGCACGGCCAUCGAGCUCUACCGACGAUGGCUGCUCGACUCCUCGAAGAGGCCAUCUCCCAUCAACUCCGAGCCGCAGUUCUUCAUUCGUCAAAUCCUGUGCCACUACUCGCUGUUGUUCGAGCCCCGGACCGCGCUUCCGGACUCUCUCGACACCCAGGCCGCCCUGUGCAAGCGCGCACUCAACAUCUACCAUGCGCUUGGACGCGAGAGUUCUGCGUUGGACGAGGAGACCUGGGAGAUCUUCCUUAAGCUCCUGCUGGGCAUCGCCGACUCGCUGCUCUCUCUGCCCGAGAGCGAGGAGGGCCUCACCAAGCGCCUCUGCUCCCACGUACUCAAGGUGCUGUUCGAGUUGUGGCUCUACUCGUCAACGAGCGAGGCGGACAUGUGGGGCUCGCUGCUGCACCUGGUGCCGCGGUGG